CUUGCGGAUCCCGGAAACGGGAAUCAGCCGGGGACCUUUCAGUAAACCAAGAAGAUCGUUUUGUUUACAAGAAGCUGAAAAUCGACCAAGAGUAAAUCUGUUUUGGACGCCUUGCGGUGUGUCUUAACGUGAGCAGCAUGACCGCCAUCAAGCAUGCACUGCAGAGGGACAUCUUCACUCCGAAUGAUGAACGAUUGUUGGGGAUUGUGAACGUCUGCAAAGCAGGGAAGAAGAAGAAGAACUGCUUCCUGUGUGCAACAGUGACCACAGAGCGACCAGUACAGGUGAAGGUGGUGAAAGUGAAGAAGUCUGAUAAAGGGGACUUCUACAAACGUCAGGUGGCAUGGGAACUGAGGGACCUGACGAUGGUGGAUGCCAAAGAUGCUAACAAGGAAAAUCCAGAGUUUGACCUUCAUUUUGAGAAGGUCUACAAAUGGGUGGCCAGCAGCACGGCCGAGAAGAACUCAUUCAUUUCUUGCAUAUGGAAACUCAAUCAAAGGUACCUGAGAAAAAAGGUGGAGUUUGUGAACGUCAGCUCUCAGUUACUGGAAGAACUUCCUAAAGCGGAAGAGUCUGUCCCCAGCGGAGAGAGCCAGAGUGUAACGGGAGGAGAUGAAGACUCACUGGACGACUACCAGGAGCUGAACGCCCGCGAGGAGCAGGACAUCGAGAGCAUGAUGGAAGUGUGUGAAUAUGCCAUCUCUAACGCCGAAGCUUUCGCUGAGAAGCUGGCCAGAGAGCUGCAGGUUCUGGAUGGGGCUAAUAUCCACUCAAUCAUGGCAUCGGAGAAGCAGGUAAACAUCUUGAUGCAGCUGCUGGACGAGGCUCUGGCUGAGGUGGACACCAUCGAGGGGAAGCUAAGCAGCUAUGAGGAGAUGCUGCAGAGCGUGAAGGAGCAAAUGGACCAGAUCUCCCAGAGUAACCGUCUCAUUCAGCUGAGCAACACCAACAACAUGCGACUCCUGGAGGAGAUCGACUUUUUGGUGAACUACAUGGACCUGUCCAAAGGUCACAUCCGUGCUCUUCAGGAUGGAGACCUGUCUUCACCCAAGGGGAUUGAAGCCUGUAUCAAUGCUUCAGAGGCUCUGCUGCAGUGCAUGAACGUAGCACUCAGACCAGGACAUGAUAGGCUGAUGGCAGUGAAACAGCAGCACCAGCUCUUUGGGGAGCUAAGAGACCAUUUCGCACGCAGACUGACCAACCAUCUGAACAACGUGUUUGUCCAUCAGUUCAACCACUUCAGCCACUUCCGAAUGACAAUUCCUCAGUUCUAUAGGGCCUCCCAUUUAUCGCUUCCUGGUCAUGACCAGACCUCAAGCCUCACCCAGCACGCGGCCGAGCUCACGCUCCCCAAACACAACCCCCUGCACCGAGACCUGCUGCGCUACGCCAAGCUCAUGGAGUGGCUGAAGGUCACCCAGUGGGAGAAGUACGAAGGCCUAAUGGCGACUUACGUUGAAUACAUGGCACGACUGUACGAGCGAGAAAUUAAAGAUUUCUUCGAAGUGGCCAAGCUCAAAAUGGUGGGCACAAGCAAGGAGGGGAAAAAGUUCGCCACACUUCCGCGGAAAGAGAGCGCACUCAAACAGGACACGGAGAGCCUCCAUGGCAGCUCAGGGAAGCUCACUGGUUCCACCUCCAGCCUGAACAAGCUGGCGGUGCAGACCUCAAACAGUCGACGUUCGCAGUCUUCCUCGCUACUGGACAUGGGCAACAUGUCGGCCUCGGACCUGGACGUGGCCGACAGGACCAAGUUCGACAAGAUAUUCGAGCAGGUCCUCAGUGAGUUGGAGCCCCUCUGUUUGGCAGAGCAGGAUUUUAUCAGCAAAUUCUUCAAACUACAGCAUGUCCCCACUGGUGAAGGCCAUGAAGUGGAUGGAAACAUGCCCUCACGGCAGGUGGCAGCCGGAGAACACAGGCACUCUAUGUCUUCAGAUAAGGAAGUGGUGCGACAGAUGAUGAACAAGAUCUUUCAAAGCAUAGAGAUUGAGUUGAACAACCUCAUUGCUCUUGGAGACAAGAUGGACAGCUUCCACUCGCUCUACAUGCUGGUGAAGAUGAGUUAUCACGUGUGGACAGCAGAGAACGUGGACCCCGCAUCCUACCUGAGCACCACCCUUGGGAACGUUCUUGUUACCGUCAAGAGGAACUUUGACAAAUGCAUUUCGACUCAGAUAAAGCAGAUGGAGGAGGUGAAAAUCUCCAAGAAGACCAAGGUGGGCAUCCUGCCCUUCGUCACAGGGUUUGAGGAGUUCGCUGAGUUGGCUGAGACGAUCUUCCGCAGUGCAGAGCGCCGUGGGGACCUGGAUAAAGCCUAUGUGAAGCUCAUCAAGGCCGUGUAUUUGAAUGUGGAGAAGGUAGCGAACGAAAGUCAGAAGACACCUAGAGAUGUGGUGAUGAUGGAGAACUUCCACCACAUCUUCUCGACACUGUCCCGACUAAAGAUCUCCUGCCUGGAGGCAGAGAGAAGGGAGGCUAAGCAGAAGUAUACGGAGCAUCUACAAGCCUACGUCAUCAACUCCCUGGGACAGCCGCUAGAGAAACUCAAUCAUUUCUUCGAGGGUGUGGAAGCUCGAGUAGCUCAGGGGGUACGUGAGGAGGAAGUAGGCUACCAGCUGGCCUUCAACAAGCAGGAGCUGCGUAAGGUCAUCAAGGAGUACCCUGGCAAGGAGGUGAAGAAGGGCCUGGACAACCUGUACAAGAAGGUGGACAAACAUCUGUGCGAGGAUGAGAACCUGUUACAGGUGGUGUGGCACUCCAUGCAGGAUGAGUUCAUCUGUCAGUAUAAGCACUUUCAGGGCCUGAUUGAUCGCUGCUACCCAGGCUCUGGAAUCACCAUGGAUUUCACCAUUCAGGACAUACUGGAGUACUUCUCCAGCAUCGCCCAGUCACACUGAUCACCCAUCUCCUGUUUGCAUGGUCCUACAAGAUUCAAGGCAUUAAGUCAUGUCCAGUUCACUAAUGUGUCCCAGAAGUGCUCCUUCUGCAAUUUGAAAAACGUGAAAUCUGGUAUUUGCACAAAUGAUUAUAGCAUUUUUAUUGGAGCACUAAGAUAGUAAUAUGUACUGUGUGGCCUAGUGCUCCAGUCUUCGGAGGAUUGCAGAUGGUUUUAGUGUGUUCUGCCCCUGCUUGUUCACUGCAUUAUAUCUUCAUUUGCACUAAUUCACGUCACUUGACAUGGGAGAUUUUAAUAUUCAUUGGAGCUACCUGAGAGGUAUCUUGCUAACAUGGCAACCCUAGUUCUAAGAUAACCUGCUCGAUUAUGUUAACACUGGGAAAUUGUCUGCACAUGCAAAAGGCAGAAAGUUCAGAGACUUUGCAAGGUUGACACUAUGUAAACUUUUCACUAAGAGAUAGAAGUUUAUACAUGCUACAUAUUACUAAGAAUCUAUUAAAGCUCUUAGCCCAAGAGGUUCCCGUAUCAAUUGGAUAUUGGGGUCUGUCUUUAUCAAGAUUUUUCAGUUAUCACUACAGUCACAAUUUCUGUUCAUUAAGCUCACGAUGCGACAGCAUUAGGCUUUUUUGAGUGGGAUUAUUCUGGAUCCUACUCCCCAUGCUACUUUGAUAUAUUGAAAGUGUGAAGCGUGUGCAUUGAAUUAGUCAUAUAUAAUCGUUACUUUAUUUUUCCAUUUGUAUUUCCGCAGUACUUUUGGAUAUCAGAUUGCCAAAUGUUCAAUAAAACGCACUGUUCUGCUUUCAGUGUUGUAA